GGACCAGUGAAUCCGCGUUGCUCUCUGCUUGGUCUCACCUGCCUCCACUCAUGGACCCCAACUGCUCCUGCCCCACAGGUGGCUCCUGCAGCUGUGCAGGCUCCUGCACGUGCAAAGCCUGCAGAUGCACCUCCUGCAAGAAGAGCUGCUGCUCCUGCUGCCCCGCGGGCUGUGCCAGGUGUGCCCAGGGCUGCAUCUGCAAAGGGGCCUCGGACAAGUGCAGCUGCUGUGCCUGAAGUCUGGGGAGACCCUGCCCCAGAUGUAAAUAGAGCAACUUGGACAAACUUGUAUUUUGCUAUUUUUCACAUGCACUGACUUCAUGCUACAUCCCUUUUUCUGUGAAAUAUGUGAGUUGUAAUAAAAGUUGUCAAUUUCA